GUCGACUGGUCGCCGACUGGCUUCAAGGUGGGCAUCAACUACCAGCCGCCGACGGUGGUGCCGGAUGGCGACCUCGCCAAGGUGCAGCGCGCCGUCUGCAUGCUUUCGAACACGACUGCUAUUAGCAGCGCUUGGGCCCGUCUGGACCACAAGUACGACCUGCUGUUCUCGAAGCGCGCCUUCGUCCACUGGUACGUCGGCGAGGGCAUGGAGGAGGGCGAGUUCAGCGAGGCCCGCGAGGACCUGGCCGCCCUGGAGGCCGACUACGAGGAGGUGGGCGCCGACAGCGCCGACCUGGACCAGUAUGAGGCCAACUCUGGCGAGGAGUUCUAA